AUGGCCAAGAUAUACACUUACGAAGACGUCGCACAGCACUCUACCAGCGAGGACGCCUGGAUCGUUAUCGACAACAGAGUGUACGAAGUCACAAAAUUCUUGGAUGAGCACCCAGGUGGUGAGGAGAUUCUGCUGGAAAUGGCUGGCGCUGACGCCACCACCAACUUCCUGGACAUCGGUCACUCCGAUGACGCCAUGAAGAUCCUCAAGACUAGAUACAUCGGUGACAUCGACCCAAGCAGUAAACCUAUCCCAAAGAAGGUCGUCGAGACCACGUCCUCGGAGACGAAGGGCAGCGGGAAGCUUGCGUCCGUGAUCGCCCUCAUCUGCUUCGUCAUCGGCUACUACCUACUCAACUGA